GGUUUCGGAAACUUUUGCUCGUCUUCUGUGAUACUGCGAUCGACAAAAACCCAACCCUUGUUGUUGUGUUGUCUGAUUACCCCACACGAGGUACUCAUACCGUUCCGAGAACAACCUAUCUUCGUGUAGGGCACCAUCUCUCGCCACAAUAAAAAUUGCUAUAUUCCGAACAGACACCCACUCAAACACCAAACUAAAAUGGAUCCCGAAUCAGAGCCUCGCUCCACGCCCCCAGAGGACAAAACGAGCGUUGCCACGGCAAGCACCCAGRAAGCCGUCCUUCCCGAGGGAUGGUCGACCGCUGUCUCUCCAAUCGAUGGMCGCAAAUACUACUGGAACCAGUCAACGGGUGCUACGAGCUGGACGCAUCCGAGCACGGGCGRAGCUGCCGCAGCCCCCGCUCCCGUGUCYUCCCCUAUCAUUACGGCCCCAAGCCUGGGAGAGUUUUCCGGCAUCAUGGCGGCAAGAAGCGCGGCGAUCGACAAAGACGUUGAAACGGGCAAGACCGACUACGCCGCAAUGGAUGACAAGGGAGACUUCCACGAAUACGAUCCCAACCAGGCUGUCAUCAACAGCCACCGGUGUUAUUCGAUCGUCGCCUUUCUCCUGUUUUUCCCCCUUGGAAUGAUCGCGUUGUGCAAAUCGUGCAGCGUCGUUUCGAAAUACCACCAGGGUCGAUACAAGACCGCCCAUGACCAUUCCCAACAAACUCUUCUCUUCUCGCGCAUUUCCUGCAUCAUUGGUGUGUGUCUAUGGAGUUACAUCGGCUACUGCUUGUGGGCAGGACCCGGGCCCGGCGUCAUCGAAAUCCCAGCGGAAUGGUGGCCAGAAUGGAAAUAAACACUCCCUUGUAAAACGAUCUCCUCCUGUCCGUCACAAACAACACACCUCCUGCCAGCUGCAAAGAGGACCARAGCCCCAAUCAAUCAUCACUCAUUCCACGGUCUGAUUACCAACCGCCAAAAUUCGGGAAAGAGGAAAACCGUAAAACAACCUUUUGCAGCGCAAAAUUCACGAAGCAGGACGAACAGGAAUCAGCCACCUCAUUUUUUGCAUACUACUAUUUUUCAUGUUCUGUUGUAACAAUCUUGACCCACUUAUUGACAAUAAUAAUAUCACCUCCAAUAAUACGCAURCAAGUGU